AUGGAGGAUGCCCGACAAGGCUCUGGGCAGCAUGGAAAACCACUUCCCGACUGCACAACACGCCCCGACAUCUCAGGGCCAGGAGGCCGAGACGCAACGGUCCAGGGAAUCUGCCUGCAACAGAGCUUCCCAAAACCAGCGAGGUAUCACACCUCGGGCCAAACGCGGCAUUUCAAACUUCAAGAACUUGCAGCCCAGGAGGCCUUAUCCAUAGCCUCAACCAGCUGCUCCCAGAACCAAGCCCUGUGCGUUUGUGUCUCCGCAGAGAAGGUGUUCGCCAGCCUCCCCCAGGUGGAGAGGGGCGUCUCCAAAAUCAUCGGCGGUGACCCCAAGGGCAACAAUUUCGUGUACACGAAUGGCAAGUGCGUUAUCCUGAGGAACAUCGACAACCCCGCAGUCGCCGACAUCUACACAGAGCACGCGCACCAGGUGGUGGUGGCCAAGUAUGCGCCCAGCGGCUUCUACGUCGCCUCUGGAGAUGUCUCCGGGAAGCUGAGGAUCUGGGAUACCACGCAAAAGGAACACCUCCUCAAGUACGAGUAUCAGCCUUUUGCCGGGAAGAUCAAGGACAUUGCGUGGACCGAAGACAGUAAGAGGAUCGCCGUGGUCGGGGAAGGCAGGGAGAAGUUUGGAGCUGUCUUCCUGUGGGACAGCGGCUCUUCCGUGGGUGAGAUCACAGGACACAACAAAGUCAUCAACAGCGUGGACAUCAAGCAGUCCAGGCCCUACCGCCUGGUGACGGGAAGUGACGAUAACUGCGCUGCGUUCUUCGAGGGGCCUCCGUUCAAGUUCAAGUUUACUAUUGGUGACCAUGGCCGCUUUGUCAACUGUGUGCGGUUCUCCCCCGAUGGGAACAGAUUUGCCACAGCCAGUGCUGAUGGCCAGAUCUUUAUCUACGAUGGGAAGACAGGAGAGAAAGUGUGUUCUCUGGGAGGAAGCAAGGCCCACGACGGAGGGAUUUAUGCUAUUAGUUGGAGUCCUGAUAGCACCCAUUUACUGUCUGCUUCUGGAGACAAAUCCUCGAAGAUUUGGGACGUCAGUGCAAACUCAGUGGUCAGCACAUUUCCCAUGGGCUCCACUGUUCUGGACCAGCAGCUGGGCUGCCUGUGGCAGAAGGACCACCUCCUGAGCAUCUCCCUGUCGGGCUACAUUAACUACCUGGACAAGAACAACCCCAGCAAGCCCCUGCGGGUCAUCAAGGGUCACAGUAAAUCGAUCCAGUGUCUGGCUGUGCACAGAAACGGUGGCAAGUCCUACAUCUACUCUGGGAGCCAUGAUGGCCACAUUAAUUACUGGGAUUCGGAGACAGGUGAGAAUGACUCCUUCUCUGGGAAAGGCCACACGAAUCAGGUGUCCAGGAUGACGGUGGAUGAGUCGGCCCAGCUGGUCAGCUGCAGCAUGGACGACACCGUGCGGUACACCAGCCUCACGCUGCGGGACUACAGCGGACAAGGUAUUGUGAAGCUGGAUGUUCAACCAAAGUGCGUGGCCGUCGGCCCCGGGGGCUAUGCCGUGGUCGUGUGCAUCGGGCAGGUCGUCCUGCUGAAGGACCAGAAGAAGUGCUUCAGCAUCGACAACCCUGGCUACGAGCCCGAAGUGGUGGCGGUGCACCCCGGUGGGGACACGGUGGCUGUCGGGGGCACGGAUGGCAAUGUCCGCAUCUACUCCAUCCUGGGUACCACACUCAAGGACGAGGGCAAGCUGCUGGAGGCCAAGGGCCCUGUGACGGACGUGGCCUACUCCCAUGACGGCGCCUUCCUUGCCGUGUGUGACGCCAGCAAGGUGGUCACGGUGUUUAGCGUUGCUGAUGACUACGCAGAGAACAAUGUCUUUUACGGACACCAUGCAAAGAUCGUGUGCCUGGCCUGGUCCCCAGACAAUGAACACUUCGCCUCUGGCGGCAUGGACAUGAUGGUAUACGUCUGGACGCUGAGCGACCCGGAGACCCGAGUCAAGAUCCAAGACGCACACCGGCUGCACCAUGUCAGCAGCCUGGCCUGGCUGGACAGACAUACGUUGGUCACGACCUCCCACGACGCCUCUGUCAAGGAGUGGACAAUCACCUACUGAGGACGCCCCAGGGACGGAUUCAGGGACU